UCUACGUCAUCACUCCGCGUCAGGAAACCACCAUCAGCUCAACACAUCUGACACACACAAGAUCAAACAUCUCCUGUCUCAGACGUUGACCUGAUUACCUUCAACUCAUCACCGUGAGGCGAAAGCUAUGUGGGAUAAAGCAGAGGAAACAAACCCACAGGAAGGAGGAGGAAAGAAGAGGAAAUACCCCGGUGGGGAUGAUGGGGAGGGAGAAGAGAGAAAGAAGUGGGGAGGUGAAGAAGGAGAGAGGAGUCAGAGAGACGGUGGCAGGAAGCGCCUGGACGCCAUGAGUGUGGGAUAUUUCCGCCGAGUCGGAGAGAGACUCGCUGAAGGUUUUGAAGAUAAAGAGGAGAGAGCGAUGUUUGUGGAGAAUGUGCUCUCUGAAGUCAAAGGUAAAGCGAUGUUGGUGGCGAUGGACUGCACAGGAAGCAUCACCCUGCAGCGGCUGCUCCCUCUGUCCAGCCCUGAGCAGGUGGGAGAGGUGCUGGCUGAACUGGGCGGAGAAUCCGGCUCAGACAUUGCGGUGGUUUCCUGCGAUCGCUGCGGGGGCCACGUCGUGGAAAGUGCAGUCAGACAGAUGUCCAGGUGGACGGAGUCUUCACAGAAGGAGUCAUCUGAUCCCGCAGAAGGAGAAGAGGAGAGUUUUGAAUUGCUGGAGGCGCAGGUGUUGUCUCUCAGUCAGGUGGUCAGAGACAACAUUGAAGAGUUCAUCCAACAUGUCCAUGGCUCACACGUGGUCCGCACACUUCUACACCUGUUGGCAGGCUGCCUCGGACCCCCCCGCACUGAAUCCCGUCAAGGUGCAAAAGGGCGCGGGGUCCCUCCUCCGCUGACAGACUUUGAGAUUCCCACGUCAUUUUGGUACGAACUGAAAAGCCUGACGGAGACCUUGUUGGACAACAUUAAUCUGAGCGUGACAGAUGCUGUUGCCAGCGCAGUGUUCCAGACCAUGUUGACUGUCUGUCACAGGAAAAGGCCCAAGCUCUGCAAACAGCUCCUCAAACAAAUCAUGGCGUACCUGACGAGUCGCAGUGCUGCCCCGGGACUGAGUCCACUUCUGGUCUUCCUGAAGGAUCAGGCUUCGAGUCACCUCAUUGAGACGAUCAUACAACUAUCCCACAAGCCCCUUCUGCGUGACCUCUACAAGAACCAUCUCAAGGGUCACAUGGUCGACCUAGCCCUCCAUCCCAUCGCCAACUUUCCCAUACAGCGUCUGACUGCAGCGUCCGCCAAAUACAAGAUGUUCCUGAAGUUGUUCGAUGAGCUGAUCCAAGGUGUGGAGGCCGUCUUGGCCUCAGGUCACAUGGGGGUGAUUGUCCAGCUGGCGGAGAGCUGUGCAGAGAGCGAAGAGAAACAGGACGAGAUGCUGCAGUGUCUCCUGCGUGCGUUCCACUGCGCUGAGCCCGGCUCGCGACAAGUCAGCUGCCUCCCCCUUUUCAUGUCCCUGCUGACCUACGAUGUGUACUACCACUCUGAAACAGCAGAGGGCGGCACAUCAACAGAGGUCCCGCUGUCGUCCAUCUGUUAUCAUGGCUCGCGGCUGGUCCAGGCACUGUCCAAGUUCAAGGAGCGCUCGGUCCUCCUCAGCAGCCUGCGCACCCUGAGCCCGGCUGACCUCCUGACGCUGGCCUCUGACCCUGCGGGCAGCCACGUCCUCCAGGCCCUCAUCACCACAUCCAGCGACAAAGGGAGGGGCAAGAUCCUUAGGAGACUGGAGGGUCUGCAUGUUCAGAUGGCGUGCUCCAGGCUGGGCAGUCGGGUUCUGGAAGCCAUAUGGAACAGUGCAUCCGUGAAUCAGAGGCAAAGCAUCGCACAGGACCUAGUUCCAAGUGAAAACCAGCUGAGGUCGCAUCAGUUCGCUCGUCACGUGUGGGCCAAAUUCGCUCUCUCCCACUUUGUGCACAGACGAGCGCACUGGCAGGAAAUACAGGCGGGCGAGUCCAAGAAGAGGAAACUUUUCAGCGACAUUCUGGAAUAGAAAUUCUUAACAGCUUUCAUUGUUAUUUCCUACACAUGUUCAUAAAAUAAAAUAGCAAAUUGUCUGUCUUUGUGUGGUCUCAGGUGAGUAAAUACAGCCUCAGUCUUUAGCUCAAACCACUGUUGUGCCAUUAGGUGCAAGAAUCCGCAUGGCCUGUAGGGGGUGCUAGUGGAGCAUUCAAUGUUUCCCUGAGGUCUGGGUUCGGUUCUGACAUAAGCACUGGCUCCAAUGUGUACACAUACAUUAAACUUGCAAAACUGUCAGAAACUCUGAGCCAAAGGAACACAGCUGAAACAUCUUAUCCUCUAGAGUCAUGUUGUUUGUCAUUGGCAUUGCUGGGAUGAGCAUAAUGGGAAAAACCCUUGAAGCUAUAAUUGAUCCUUCAGUUGCUCUGAAUGUCGUGUUUCUUCAAUGGAAACAAAAAACAAGUCCCUGCUGUGAUAAAAUCCAAAUAAAGUAUUUUGUCCCAGGCCUGAUGGAGACACAUUAGCACAGAUCAUUGAUUAUGAAUUAAUUUGGAGGAAGAGAGAACUUUAUCCUGACAGGUGCUUGUCACACAGAGCCAAGAAGUAACGUUCCAGCAUGUGUUACUGGUUCUGGAACAACAAGAAAGAUCCCCUUAACCCCAUGUAGUAAAUACUUUGGCAAUAUAUUUAGUUUGAUUUAAACACAUGGUCGGCUAACUCUUCCAUAAUGUACAGAUUCAGACAAACGGGUCAAAUCGUUUCAACCCUGAUUUUUGAAGCAAAACAGCGAGGAUCAGCAUGAUGGACUGCAACAUAGAAACCUCAAAGCGCUAUAAGUCAGUCGUGUAAUAAAUUAAAUCUUUAUGAAA